AGACGGCAGUUCGAUAAUAUAUCGCGGUCGCUCGAUUACACCAAUUGUGCAGAUCACGAGUCCGCUUUUUCCGGUGAGCGAAGGUAGAGAAAAAGUACGUGUCUCGUUGUUAGGUCCACAACCAUCGCCGGCGACGCCAGGUGUUCUCUUGCUGGAGCCGAUCACGCAUUCGACAGGACUCCCGAUAAACAUGGCCAACAAUCCCACGGAACUUCUGACCACGCACACUGAGCACACCACGCCUGCCUACCACACGCAAAUCAGUACGGACAGCGGCUGGGACAAUCCGUUCAGACCGGAUGGCGAUCUCUCCCGGGAAGCCGAUGAGAUUGUCGAACUAAUAAAGGGUGGGAAACCGAUCACGCCGACUCCGGGUCAGAACGCGCCGCCGUUACCGGGAUGCGAUGGCAAAUCAGGCGACUCGAGUACCAGCCCGCUUCUUAAAUCCGCGAAUUGUCACGCUAAUUCGUCACCGAGGCCCGGUCAGGAGAAUGGCAGUGCACGAGGUAGCACUCCUUCGAAAACUGCCGGCAACCAACCUGUUAACGAAAAGGUCGGCGCGUCUCGGACCGCAACGGUGGAAGUUGCGAGGAUGACGGCGCAGGGCCCGGGCGACGCGUCACAGGUCGAGCACGUCACCCUGAAGAAGAAGCCUAAGUGCAAAUGCUGCGUGCUGCAGUAAUGACCGCGCGACGGAGCCAGCGGGGACGCGCACGAGAGACGAUCCUCCUCCAUUAUCGGGAGCGUAACUUCAGCUUCGUGGCUACUGAAGAAAUCACGACUGGGCAACUCGAGGUAUCGAGGACGCAUCGAUGAAGAAGCGACUCGAAGAGGAUGCCGGAACAGGAAAGCGCCGGUAUUCCAAACACGCUCGAGACCUGAAGAACAGGUCCAGAAGAUAAUUUCUCAGAGGGAGAAAAAGGUUUCGUCUUUAAAGAAAGUGAAGAAAGUGGAACGAAAUAUUGGAAACGAUGAGAAUAUGAUUGGAUAUACGAGAACAUCAGAUUGUUAGAAAUCUGAAAAAAAUGAAACGAGCAGCAAGUCAAAGAAGCUUCUUGUAUCUUUCAAUCAUAAAGAAAAGGAAAACAAGAAAGAAUAUUUUGGUGGUAACAAGAGCAAAUUUAAUCGGAAUAUGAAGAAAAUGAGGUAAGAGGCUAUCGAUUCUUGUUGAGGAGAUUGGAAUCUCUCUUAAAAUGCUCUGGAACAUGAAGUUAACCCUUGCCGUGGAAGAUUGGACUCUCGCCAGGCUAUCUCUGGCUUUCAAGCACGGAAAAGAGGGAUCCACGUGGAGGAUGAGACAAGGAACGUCAGUGCGCGAACAUUGAACCGCUUUUCGAGAGACAAUGAUAUUUUAAUGAUGUCACGAGAGACCAGAGUUAGGAAAGAAAUGGAAAAAGAAAGAGAAAGAAAAAGAAAUAUAUAUAUAUAUAUAUAUAUUAUACAUACAAAACUAUAUUGUAGAUACAGAAUGGUAGCUGUAUAGCUUAUAUGCUUUUACUAUCGUGGUUAAUAAUCAUCAAGAUUAUCGUGAUUUAAAAAAUGCAUCGUACGCGUAGAGCGAGAAAGGAAAAGAAAGAAUGUGCGAGAGAAAGCGCGAAUGUGAACAAGAGAGAAAGGGAGGAAUGAUGAUGAAUAAUAUGACUAUAUAGGUGGGAAGAGUGUGUGUGCGCGACGAGGCAUGUAGGCUGCGUUUAGGGAGCGCGUUAUCAGUGCUAUUUGUGUCAUACUAUCCUUACUUUACGUUCUAAUGGAUGAUGAGGAUAGAAUGACACAAAUAACGCUAAUAACGUGUCCACGAACGCAGUUGUAAAGUUCCGCGGGACGUCAUUCGUCUGUUAGAUCUUGGUACGAACAAAUACAUCGCCGUUUCUGAGGAAGCUAACUUGGCAGCUUUGAUCAAUCUUUCUUUGCACUGCGAAGGAUAUUCAACGCGUCGAACAUCCUGUAUACAGAGGGAGUGUGCCAAAUAUACCGCAUGCUCAUCCGCAUCUACAAAUUUCUUGAUCAGUUUGGAUCAGUUUUCCUUCAGUGUCACACUAUACCGUUUCACAGGUGCAACACAUAUAUGGCAUACCCAACU